CGGCGCUGGCAGCCUCCCUCCCCUCCCGAGAAAACAUCUUUCCUCUGACGUCAUGAGAGCUGCAUCAGCUGUGAGCCCCGCGUCCUUUAGCUUGCAAAAUAUACUAUUUUUUUAAUUUAUUUUUGCUGCCCGCAUCUGCUCUGACAACGGGAAUAUAUAUGAUAUUUUCCACAAACCCUGAAAUGGCUACACAGGAGGUACAACCGAAUGAGACUCUCACUAACCUAAAAGCGGAAUCGGACACGUUGAAAACGAAGCUCGAGGACGAAAGAGCGAAGCUGCACGAUGUCGAACUCCACCAGGUGGCAGAGAAGGUGGAUGGACUGGGCCAGUUUAUCAUGAAGACCCGGCGGACUCUGAAGGGACAUGGAAACAAAGUUCUCUGCAUGGACUGGUGUAAGGACAAGAGGAGGAUCGUCAGCUCGUCACAGGAUGGAAAAGUGAUUGUAUGGGAUGCCUUCACCACUAACAAGGAGCAUGCAGUGACCAUGCCGUGCACCUGGGUGAUGGCCUGUGCCUACGCCCCCUCUGGAUGUGCAGUGGCUUGUGGUGGUCUGGACAACAAGUGCUCAGUGUACCCUCUGUCGUUGGACAAGAAUGAGAACCUGGCAGCGAAGAAGAAGUCUGUCGCCAUGCACACCAACUACUUAUCUGCUUGUAGCUUCACCAACUCAGACAUGCAGAUCCUGACGUCCAGCGGAGACGGAACCUGUGCAUUAUGGGAUGUGGAGAGCGGUCAGCUGUUGCAGAGUUUCCAUGGACACGCCUCUGAUGUUCUUUGUCUGGACCUGGCUCCUUCUGAGACUGGCAACACCUUCGUCUCUGGGGGCUGUGACAAGAAGGCUAACGUAUGGGACAUGCGCUCAGGCCAGUGCAUUCAGUCCUUCGAAACACACGAAUCAGACAUCAACAGUGUCAGGUACUACCCCAGUGGAGAUGCAUUUGCCUCCGGCUCUGAUGAUGCUACAUGUCGUCUCUAUGACCUGAGAGCAGACAGAGAAGUGGCCAUUUAUUCCAAAGAGAGCAUCAUAUUUGGUGCCUCCAGUGUUGACUUCUCUCUCAGUGGCCGGCUACUGUUCGGUGGCUACAACGACUACACCAUCAACGUGUGGGAUGUCCUGAAGGGGACGAGGGUGUCCAUCCUGUUUGGACAUGAGAACCGUGUCAGCACUCUGCGUUUGUCUCCUGACGGAACGGCCUUCUGCUCAGGGUCAUGGGACCACACUCUCAGGAUCUGGGCUUAAGGAAAACGACACAGAAGAGGAAAAACUGACCAAGUGAAUUCAGUGGUAGAUAGAUGGAGCCAGACGUGUUCCACUCUGCUUGAAUAGAGUCAUAGGUUCAGAUUCAGUUGAACAUAUAUACACAGUGGUAAAGGGCAUUGUAAACACUCAGUCUUACUGUAGUGGUGUGUCAGGGUACGUUUGAACCGUGGUCUUUGACAAGUUAACAGUCAUUAUCAACAAACAAACAAAAAACCCCGCAAAAGAUACACUUUUAUUACGAGCUUUAAUAACGUAUCACAUUAAGUAUUUUAGAUCACGCAAGGUCAAUAUAUCUUAAUGAAAUUCAUAAUCACACACAGAAUGAUGAUAUAGCUAUUCUAGUUUAAAGCAGGUGGUCUAAAGAGAACUCGUGUGAAGUAGAUGGUGAUGAAUAACAAAGUUUGAAAUGAAUCUAGUGGUGAAUAUACAGAGUAAAAGAGUUAGAGGAAGAAUGUCUUCAAUACCCUAAUGUAUAAGAUGUAGUAUGAUGCAAUGUUUAGAUUUGAGAUAUGAUGAAAAACAGUUCAUACAUUUGGAACCAACCCUCAAGAGUCACUAGUCAUCUUGGUCGAUGCCAGGACCAAUCAUCUUGGUCGAUGCCAGGACCAAUCAUCUUGGUCGAUGCCAGGACCAAUCCUCUUGGUCGAUGCCAGGACCAAUCCUCUUGGUCGAUGCCAGGACCAAUCCUAUUGGUCGAUGCCACAUUUUCCAUUCCAGUUCCUUUUCCACCUGUGGAAUUCACGUAACUGCUUGAGAUGUUCACAUGACAAACACUAGAUAAUAUCUAGCUGACAUGAAUAUACAGUGGGGCAAAAAAGUAUUUAGUCAGCCACCAAUUGUGCAAGUUCUCCCACUUAAAAAGAUGAGAGAGGCCUGUAAUUUUCAUCAUAGGUACACUUCAACUAUGAAAGACAAAAUGAGAAACACAAAUCCAGAAAAUCACAUUGUAGGAUUUUUUAUGAAUUUAUUUGCAAAUUAUGGUGGGAAAUAAGUAUUUGGUCAAUAACAAAAGUUUAUCUCAAUACUUUGUUAUAUACCCUUUGUUGGCAAUGACAGAGGUCAAACGUUUUCUGUAAGUCUUCACAAGGUUUUCACACACUGUUGCUGGUAUUUUGGCCCAUUCCUCCAUGCAGAUCUCCUCUAGAGCAGUGAUGUUUUGGGGCUGUUGCUGGGCAACACGGACUUUCAACUCCCUCCAAAGAUUUUCUAUGGUGUUGAGAUCUGGAGACUGGCUAGGCCACUCCACAACCUUGAAAUGCUUCUUACGAAGCCACUCCUUCGUUGCCCGGGCGGUGUGUUUGGGAUCAUUGUCAUGCUGAAAGACCCAGCCACGUUUCAUCUUCAAUGCCCUUGCUGAUGGAAGGAGGUUUUCACUCAAAAUCUCACGAUACAUGGCCCCAUUCAUUCUUUCCUUUACACGGAUCAGUCGUCCUGGUCCCUUUGCAGAAAAACAGCUCCAAAGCAUGAUGUUUCCACCCCCAUGCUUCACAGUAGGUAUGGUGUUCUUUGGAUGCAACUCAGCAUUCUUUGUCCUCCAAACACGACGAGUUGAGUUUUUACCAAAAAGUUCUAUUUUGGUUUCAUCUGACCAUAUGACAUUCUCCCAAUAUUCUUCUGGAUCAUCCAAAUGCUCUCUAGCAAACGUCAGACGGGCCUGGACAUGUACUGGCUUAAGCAGGGGGACACGUCUGGCACUGCAGGAUUUGAGUCCCUGGCGGCGUAGUGUGUUACUGAUGGUAGGCUUUGUUACUUUGGUCCCAGCUCUCUGCAGGUCAUUCACUAGGUCCCCCCGUGUGGUUCUGGGAUUUUUGCUCACCGUUCUUGUAAUCAUUUUGACCCCACAGGGUGAGAUCUUGCGUGGAGCCCCAGAUCGAGGGAGAUUAUCAGUGGUCUUGUAUGUCUUCCAUUUCCUAAUAAUUGCUCCCACAGUUGAUUUCUUCAAACCAAGCUGCUUACCUAUUGCAGAUUCAGUCUUCCCAGCCUGGUGCAGGUCUACAAUUUUGUUUCUGGUGUCCUUUGACAGCUCUUUGGUCUUGGCCAUAGUGGAGUUUGGAGUGUGACUGUUUGAGGUUGUGGACAGGUUGUCUUUUAUACUGAUAACAAGUUCAAACAGGUGCCAUUAAUACAGGUAACGAGUGGAGGACAGAGGAGCCUCUUAAAGAAGAAGUUACAGGUCUGUGAGAGCCAGAAAUCUUGCUUGUUUGUAGGUGACCAAAUACUUAUUUUCCACCAUAAUUUGCAAAUAAAUUCAUAAAAAAUCCUACAAUGUGAUUUUCUGGAUUUAUUUUCCUCAUUUUUGUCUGUCAUAGUUGAAGUGUACCUAUGAUGAAAAUGACAGGCCUCUCUCAUCUUUUAAAGUGGGAGAACUUGCACAAUUGGUGGCUGACUAAAUACUUUUUUGCCCCACUGUACAACCUUUUGCGAAUACCUACUUAUUUAAAUUCUUAGACUUAUCUAUUCCUGUUCAUGCAAUUAUACUGACGAUCGUAAUUUGAUAAUUUAUUGUAAUUAUUAUAUUGUAGUUUAGUGUAUAUACAAAGUUUACAUGAUACCAUAAACUAUUCACCUACACUACACAAAAGUAAUAAAAUUGAUUUGGACUAUC